UUUAAUCCAGUCUACCCCGAGAUCCUGGGGAUGUUUGGAAUUUUUCGGGCUCCAGUUUGAUGCUCCAGCAGCUCCUCCCGGUUAUUCCCGGCGGGAUCCGGGGGUUCAGCUCCUCUGGAGUGUGGGAAUCGGGAAUGUUUCAUCCCUGGAUCUGCUCCUGACAUUCCCAUGGCAACCUCGUCCCAGGCGGAUUUCUUCCGGAGGGAAUAAAAGGCUGGAGGCUGGAAAAGACAUUCCCGGUGUGCUCCUGACGGGCAGGAGUUCGGGAAUGGAGCCCCUGAACGGCGGCUCCAGUGGGAAAUCCCUGCUGGAUCCAUCGGGCUCCUUGGGAACGCCACAGGCUGUUCCAGGAUUUCCCUUUGGAAUCGUCCCAGACCACUGCAGGGAUCGCUCCGGAGCCAUGGGAGCGGCGGCGGACGCAGAGUGGCUGCGCUGGGUGAGCAAACAGUUUGGGAAUGUGGCUGGGAAGGAGAAGGAAAUCAGCCUGGAAGAGUUCAAAUCCGCCCUGCAGGUCAAGGAGUCCUUUUUUGCCGAGAGGUUUUUCGCGCUCUUCGAUUCCGACGGGAGCGGCUCCCUGAGCCGGGAGGAGCUGCUGGGAUCUCUGCGCCGGCUGCUCCGUGGGAAUUCCACGGAAAAGCUCCGGUUCCUCUUCCAGGUGUACGAUGUGGAUGGCAGCGGCUCCAUCGAUGCUGAGGAGCUGCUCCUGGUGCUCCGGGGGUGUCUCCGGGAGAGCUCCCUGGCCCUGCCCGAGGAGCGGCUCCGAGCCCUGAGCCAGGCCCUGCUCCAGGCCUUGGACCGGGAUCGCAGCGGCUCCAUCACCUUCCCCGAGCUCCAGGAGCAGCUGGAGGCGUUCCCAGAGCUCCUGGAGAACCUGAGCAUCAGUGCUGCCAGCUGGCUGAAGCCUCCCAGUCCCAGUCCCGCUGAGCACUGGUUGUGCUGCUUUUCCCGGGAAUCCUGCCGGGACCAGCGGGCCGGGCUGUGCUGCUUUUCCCGGGAAUCCUGCCGGGACCAGCGGGCCGGGCUGUGCUGCUUUUCCCGGGAAUCCUGCCGGGAGCAGCGGGCCGGGCUGUGCUGCCUGGGGUCCUGGCUCGCCAUCUCGGCGCUCCUGCUCGCCCUGGGGGCCCUGGGGCACCGAGAGCGCGGCCCCGCCCUGGCGCUGGCCCGGGGCUGCGGGCAGAGCCUCAACUUCAACUGCGCCCUGCUGGCCGCCCUGGUGCUGCGCCGCUCGCUGACCUGGCUGCGCCGCUCGCCGCUGGCCGCGCUGUUCCCGCUGGAGCUGCACCUGCGGGGCCACGAGCGAGUGGCGCACCUGGUGCUGGCCCUGGCGACCGCGCACGGCGGGGCGCACCUGGCACACGCGGGCGUGGCCCGGCGGGACUGGCCGGUGGCCCUGGGCGAGUACCUGCGCUGGCCCCGGCCGGGGGCGGGCGGCGUGGGCGGCUCUGCCCCGCAGACCGGGCUGGCCCUGCUCGCCCUCCUGCUCGCCAUGCUCCUCUGCUCCAGCCCCUGCGUGCGGCGCGGCGGCCACUUCGAGGUUUUUUACUGGAGCCACCUCUCCUACAUCUCUGUGUGGUUCCUGCUGCUCCUGCACGGUCCCCACUUCUGGAAGUGGUUCCUGAUUCCCGGCUCCCUGUUUUUCCUGGAGAAGGUUCUGGGCUGGGUGUGGCGCCGGGCGGGGGAUCUGCACAUCCUGGAGGCCAAGCUGCUGCCCUCCAAGGUGACCCACCUGGUGAUCCAGAGGCCGAAAUCCUUCCGCUUCCAGCCGGGGGAUUACGUCUACCUGAACGUCCCGGCCAUCGCCGCCUACGAGUGGCACCCCUUCUCCAUCAGCAGCGCCCCGGAGCAGCCAGAAACGCUCUGGCUGCACAUCCGGGCGCGGGGCCAAUGGACCACCAAGCUCUACGAGUACUUCCAGCAGCUGGAAUCGCACGGCCCGGAGCCGAAUCCGCCCGGGAAGAGCCGCAGGGAGCACUGGGAACAGGUGGGAUUGUGGGAUUGGGAUCAGGGCAAAGGGAUGGGAGCAGCUGGAUGGGGAUGGAUCCCAUGGGAUCAUCCCAGUUCGAAGCUGGGGAAUCCCUCAGGAUGGACAUUCCCUGCUUGUCCAGCCUUGAAGGAUUGGUGUCCCAUGGAAUGGGAUUGGGGGUGGAUGGAUGGCUGGCAUGGACCCUGGGACCAGGGAGACCCUGCGGAGCUGCAGCGUCAAGCCCUGCCCCACUGGAAAACUCCCGUCCUUUCCCACCCACUCCUCGCUCCCACAAAACCCUGGGAAUUCCCAAAUCCCAUGAUCCCUUCUCCUCUACCUGGGAGCUGUUCCAGCACCUGGAAGUGCUGGAUCUGUGCCGAGUCUGGAUCUCUCCUGAGCCGGGAUCUCUCCCAGUGCUUCCUGGAUGGUCCGUACGGAACUCCGAGCCGGCGGAUCUUCACCUCGGAGCACGCCGUUCUCAUCGGAGCCGGCAUCGGCAUCACGCCCUUCGCCUCCAUCCUGCAGAGCAUCAUGUUCCGGUACCGGCGGCGGAGGCAGAGCUGCCCCAGCUGCCAUUUCACCUGGAACGAGGAACGGCGGGAUGAGGAGAUGACGCUCAGGAAGGUGGAUUUUAUCUGGAUCACGCGGGAUCAGCAGCACCUGCAGUGGUUCCUCGGCCUCCUGGCCCAGUUGGAGUCGGAGCAGGCGGAGCUGGAGCCGGGAGGAAAUUUCCUGGAGCUGCACCUGUACAUGACCUCGGCGCUGGGCAAGGGGGAUGUGAAGGCUCUGGGGCUGCAGCUGGCCCUGGACCUGCUGGCAGCGCAGGAAAAGCGGGAUUCCAUCUCCGGGCUCCGCAGCCGCACCCAGCCCGGCCGCCCCGACUGGGCCAAGGUGUUCGGGAAGGUGGCGGCGGAGCGGCGCGGGAAGGUCCAGGUGUUCUUCUGCGGCUCCGCGGGGCUGGCCAAGGUCAUCCACGGGCACUGCCGGAGCUUCGGCUUCCGCUUCUCCAAGGAAAACUUCUGACCAGGGCCUCGGAUUCCGCUUCUCCAAGGAAAACUUCUGACCAGGGCCUCGGAUUCCGCUUCUCCAAGGAAAACUUCUGACCAGGGUUCUUCCUGCCCGUCCGUGUCCGGCAGCCGAUCCCGCCGCAUCCCAGCCCGGAUCCUGCUGGGCUUUGGGAAAGAUUCCUUUGGAUCUGAGGAAUAAAUGAGGGAAAGAUGGGAAUGUUUUCUUUGGAUUUGAGGAAUCAAAGAGAUGGGAAUGUUUCCUUUGGAUGUGGGGAAUAAAGGAGUAAAAGAUGGGAAUAAUGUGUUCUUGUGUUCUUUGGAUUUGAGGAAUAAACCAGGGCACGAUGGGAAUGUUGGAGCUGAUGGAAGCAAUUCCAGCUCCUUGGCAAAACCAAGGAAAAACUGGGAUGGAAAUCGGUGUCCAAGAGGUGCUGCUCCCUCUAGUCCUGGAUCUGCACUGGAC